GAAGGAGCAGCUGGAGUUGCACACUUCGUCCUCUCUUCUGGAAAAAAAAAUAAGCGCACUAAACGCAACAACACCAGUCUGACGUGCACACUCUUCUUCUUCGUCUUCCUUUUUUCUUUUUUUUUUUUUUGGGAGAGUCUGCACACUUUUUUAGUAGCAGGCUGCGGUGGAUGCUUGUUUGUCCGACGGCCCUUGAAGGCGGCAAAGAAGAAGACACGAAAGAAGAAGAAGAGAAAAGAAGAAGAGAAGGAGAAGAGGGGACCAACUCUGGCCGCGCCGUUUGGGAGUUGCGGCGUGGAAAAAAAAAGGAGAAGAAGGAGAAGAGGUCCCGGGCUCAUCCAGAGGCGCAUCCGCACCCCACUUGAAGAGGGGACGAAGCCCCCCCCCCCCCAAACCCCCCCGAAAAAGUGCACAGAAAGACACUCAAUUAUCCCGUCUCCAUGCGGUGCUGAGGAAUGAGCAUUCGCCAUGGAAACCCAGUCCCAGGCCAGUUCCGCAGCUGAGAAGAAGAAGAGGGUGGAGACCAUCGUAGCGACCAAGGGCUCGUCGGCGCGCAAUGACAUCAGCGAGAAGGCGGUGGCCUCCAGCACCACGUCCAACGAGGAUGAGAGCUCGGGCCCGCCGUACCACCGUGAGAGGCGCAACGCCCUCGGAUCCGAGCGCAACGUGACCGAGGAGCCCUCCACGUCCACGGAGGAGCGGCCCUCGCUGCUCAAGAAGGAGCUCCACGGCUCCCUGCCCCACCUGGCCGAACACGCUCUGCCCUACCGGGGGACCCUCUUCGCCAUGGACCCCCGCAACGGCUACCUGGACGCGCACUACCCUGCACCGCAGUUCUUCCCGGCCUUUCACCCGCCGGUGCCCAUCGACGACAGGCACGCGCAGGGUCGCUACAUCUACGAGCCUUCGCCCGUACCCCCUCUCCACGUGCCUCCGGCACUGGCAGGCAGCCCGGCCUUCUCGGACAUCUCCCUCAUCCGCAUCUCGCCGCAGCGGAACCCCUCGGUGGGGGCCGAGUCUCCCUUCCACCCCUCGCACCCGUACAUCAACCCCUACGUGGACUACCUCCGCUCCCUGCAGCCCCUCGCCAGCCCCUCCAUCGCCGUGCUGUCGGCCACCAGAGGCCUCAGCCCGGCCGACGCCCCCCACGCAGGCCUGACGCCCUCUGAGUACUACCACCAGAUGGCCCUCCUGGCGGGCCACCGCAGCCCCUACUCGGCCGACCUGCUGCCGUCCGUGGCCGCCUCGGCCGGUUCGGGUGCCGCCGGCGCCCUGCACAUGGAGUACCUGCAGGCCAUGGACAGUUCUCGCUUCCCGAGCCCCAGGCUGCCGUCGAGGCCCAGCAGGAAGCGGCCGCUGCCCAUCUCGCCGCUGUCGGAGCACAGUUUCGACCUGCAGACCAUGAUCCGCAACUCGCCCAACUCGCUGGUUACCAUGCUCAACAACUCACGGUCCAGCUCAUCCACCAGCGGAUCCUAUGGACACCUGUCGGCCGGAGCCAUCAGCCCUGCGUUGAGCUUCGCCUACCCGCCGACGCCGGUGGCCCUGCACAUGCACCAGCAGCUGAUGGGGCGCCAGCCGGGCAUGGUGGGCUCCGCCUUCGGCCACAGCCCGCCGCUCAUCCACCCGACGCCGGCCUUCGCCACCCAGAGGCCCGUGUCUGGCUUCACGGCUGCCGCCGCCGCCGGCGGGCUGGGCGCCGGCGAGCGCUCGGCCGUCUCGGGUGACUCCUCGCAGCUCAAACCCACCAGCGAGUCUGCGGUGAGCAGCACCGGCGACCCCAUGCACCACAAGCGCUCCAAAAUGAAGCCAGAGGAGGAGAUGCCCAGCCCGGGAGCACUCAGCAUCCAGGAUCAUCCCGACGGCAUAACGCUGGUGAAGGAGGAGGGCGACAAGGACGAAGGCAAACAGGAGCCCGAGGUGGUCUACGAGACCAACUGCCACUGGGAGAACUGCUGCCGCGAGUUCGAUACCCAGGAGCAGCUCGUGCAGCACAUCAACAAUGACCACAUCCACGGGGAGAAGAAGGAGUUUGUGUGUCGCUGGGAGGAAUGCUCCAGGGAGCAGAAGCCUUUUAAGGCCCAGUACAUGCUGGUGGUCCACAUGCGGCGGCACACCGGCGAGAAGCCUCACAAGUGCACGUUCGAGGGCUGCGCCAAGGCUUAUUCCCGUUUGGAGAAUCUCAAGACUCACUUGCGCUCGCACACGGGCGAGAAGCCAUACGUGUGCGAGCACGAAGGCUGCAACAAGGCCUUCUCCAAUGCCUCGGACCGAGCCAAGCAUCAAAACCGCACGCACUCAAACGAGAAACCCUACGUGUGUAAGAUCCCCGGCUGCACCAAACGCUACACGGACCCCAGCUCCCUGCGCAAGCACGUGAAGACGGUGCACGGGCCUGAGGCGCAUGUCACCAAGAAGCAGCGCGGCGACUACCCGCGGCCCCCCGCGCAGCCUCGCGAACCAGGCGCCAACGGUCAGGGACACUCGCCUGGGCAGCUGGGACUGGGCGGCUACAUGGACCAAAGGGAAUACAGCAACCACGUUACCUCCAAGCAGGACGACUGUCUGCAGGUCAAGUCCAUCAAGACGGAGAAGCCCAUGACGUCUCAGCCAAGCCCUGGCGGUCAGUCUACAUGCAGCAGUGACCAGUCCCCCGUCAGCGCCUAUCCCAGCGGUGGAGUCCAGCUUACUGUGAGCGCCGGACGCUCGCCAGGGGAGGGGCUGGACGAGGAGGAUGAGGAGGACGAGGAGGAGCAAGAGGUGGAGGAUGGCUGCCGGGGCGGGCCAGCGCCCAUCAUGGAUUCCACCAUCUCCACGGCGACGGCAGCCACGCUGACCCUGCAGGCGAGGCGCAGCGUGGGCCGCCCCCUGCGCUGGAUGGAGCACCUGAAGAUGGAGAGGCUUAAGCAGGUGAACGGAGCGAUGCCCAGGCUGGGGCCCCUGGCUCCCACGCCGCCCCCCAAAGGGUCGGCGCUCGCCGGCAUCCAGGGGAAGGGAUCCUGUCUGGGCAAGCAGUGGACGUCAGCCGCGCCUCAGCCCCCCGCUCACCCCGAGCUGGCCGGCACGACCGAGUUAACGGUGCUCAACUUGCUCCGGGACCGGCGCGACAGCAGCGGGAGCGCCGCCAGCUCGGCCUACCUGAGCAGCAGCCGGCGCUCGUCGGGCAUCUCGCCGUGCUUCUCCAGCCGCCGCUCCAGCCAGGCGUCCCAGAGCGAGGGCGUGGCGGGCGGCGCCCAACACCGCCGCCUCCACAACCUCAGCUCCACCGACUCGUACGACCCCAUCUCCACCGACGCUUCCCGCCGCUCCAGCGAGGCCAGCCACUAUGGAGGCGGAGCGACGGGGAGCGGUGGCAUACUUUCAGGUGGCGUCUGUGGGGGUGUUGGAGGUAGCGGAGACGGAGGAGGGUCCCGUGGUAUACUCACUUUAACCCCCGCGCAGCACUACCACCUGAAGGCAAAGUACGCCGCGGCAACUGGUGGCCCGCCGCCCACGCCGCUACCCAACAUGGAGCGCAUGAGUCUCAAGACUCGCAUGGCCAUGAUGGAUGAAGGCAGCACCAACCAGCAUUUGCCGCCACUCGCCGUGCCGCACCGCUGCACAGAGGCCACCAACGGGUUCGUGGGACAUCCAGGCUACAGGAGGAGGGUGUUCUACCCUGGCGAGGGACCCGUGGCAGCCAACCGGAGGGCCAGCGACCCGGCGCGGACGCAGCCUUCGGACAUUUGCGCUUUGCCCCCCGUGCAGCGCUUCAACAGCCUGAGCAACCUUCACCCUCUUCCGCCUCUAUCCCAGCACCAGCCGCCGCCCCUCGACACGCGCAACCUGAACCUGCAGAAUUACACCCGCUCGGAGGGCAACCUGCAGAGGGGCUCGCAACACUCUACGUACACCCCAAGUAUCGCAGAGCAUGCCGCUUUGGAAGCUUUGGCCAUGGAGGGCGACGGGGAGGCUUACUCUCUACUCGGGGAUGAAGAUAUACUUCCCGAUGACAUGGUGCAGUAUCUCCGCUCCCAAGUCCAGGCAGACAGUGGACCAUGCAUGCACAUAGAGGACCGGAUAGUCUCUGGUGAAAGGGAGAUCUCACAACACUCCAUGGAAGGGACAGAGGGGAUGAACUUCCAGGCCAACCACUGCCUCCAACAGCAGCAGAUGGUCCAGAGGAGGAGCCCCAGCUUGCUUCCCAUCCAGUGGAACGAAGUGAGCUCCGGUAGCGCCGAUCGCUCUCCGCAGAGGGAUCGCAACUGCGCAAGGUGGUCCAGCGGGCAGGCCGCAUCAGAGCCUUUCGGCAGGUUCGGAAACAUGGUGGUGCAGCAGAAUCCGCCGCUGGGUUUUCACAACAGUUGCUCCCAGGCCAACCAGAGGCAAGGCCCCACCGUGGUGAAGCUGGAGACGUCCCCCAACUCGUGUAUGGAGAUGAGAGGAGCCGCACCCAACGGCUUUGCCAGGCCUCACUUCCCCAAGACCAUUGAUGGACCUCUUGCGCAACAAGCCUCCAGAAUGCAGAACCACUUUCAGCAGAACCUUAACAGCAGAGUCUCCUGCCACACCCUGACUCGGGCUUCCAUAGACAAUCUCCAAAGCCUCUCCCAGGAUAAAAUCCUUCAUCCCAAUCAGAAAGGCCCACGGCCACCCGCCAACACUUACAGGAACUUGGUGAGGAACCAUCUUAACCCCAGAAGCUGCACUGAAGUUCCGCAGCAAGUGCAGAAUGGUGGGACCCUCUGUUCCCUAAAACUGGAGGCCUCGGAACACGGAUACCUCCAGCCAGGCUUCAGUGAUCCCAUUUCCUUCCAGCAAACAGAUCACAAGGCAGCCUCAUUCCCGACCCUGGAAGACCACUACUUGCUGGACUCCUUCGAUGGCGGCAACGGUCCGGGCGACUGCGUUUCCCUCUUGUCUCCCGCGUCUGACCAAGUGACCAGUACUGUUGAGGCCGGAGCGGUGCCCACCGCAGUGUUGGACGAAGUCAUAGCUCUGGACUUUGGCGCCAUGAUGGAGGACGGCUUCGACCAAGGCAGCCUGGUGUCGGGCCCGUUGAGCCCCUCCAUUUUCCAAGGUCUGUCCAGGACCUCGUCGCGUUUGACCACCCCUCGGGGGUCGGCCACCUUCCCGGCCGUGGUGGCUCCCGGCGUCAACAACAUGGCCAUCGGCGACAUGAGCUCCCUACUCAGCAGCCUCGCCGAGGAGAGCAAGUUUCUUGCCAUCAUGCAGUAGCCACCCUCGCUCCUCUGCUUUCUUCUCUCUCGGGAAAAAAAUGGUGUAUGUGAAGGCAAAAAGUGGCAAUUAUGAGAAUGUUUUAAAAAGAUUUACUCUCACGUAGAAGGGACGAAAAUGAUGUAUAGAUAAAGAAUAGUUUUAUUCCUUUUUCGGGAACGAAGGCUGUUUUUCAGGCCCUUUUUCUUUGUAUGACAAUGUGAGCUCACGUCUUCAAACAGUAUUCUUGCGUAUUGUCACUGUUUUUGCUGUGCACACUGUUGGUAAGAAAACAAUAACACUAGAAGAUGAAUAAUAACGCAUGUAUUCAAGGAGAAACACUGUCGUAACGACAGUGUCGUUACAAGCCGAUAUUUCCUGAUCCACGAAGCCAUCAAAUCUUCACCGUCACGCUCCGCCCACAAGGAAUGACAAUUUUUCCCAUUUGUCAUUGUGUGUGUCUUGAGACUUUUUUUUUGUGGGUCUCCUCAUGAGAGACUUGCCGAGCAAACUUUAGCUUGCUAAGUGAAAAGCGAUUUUAUUCAAAACAUUUUCGUGCUUUAGAAUGCGUCAUCAAACUUCACCCACACGCAAUGACGCAAACGCAAAUGUUUAGUAAUUUCACGUCACACUUUUGUCUAGUGUACGUAGUUCAAAUUUGGUAGCAAUUGGAAAAAAAAUCUUUCGGGCAAGUUUAGUCUUUUAAUGACACCUGGAAAUAGCCAAAUUGACCCCAAAAUGGCCACUUCAAACCAAAAUGGCCGACUUCCUUUGUCUUUUCGGGGUAGGGUUCUUAAGACAUUUUUGUGGGUCUACUCAUGUUCGACGUUUCUACCAACUUUCCUGAUGCUAAAUGAAACUGGCUUCAGGGGCUGAAUUUUCUUAAAAGCCAAAAAUGACCUAAAACUAGUCGCUUUAAUUCAAACCAAAAUGGUGGAUUUUCUGUGUCUCUUGAGGCUUGACUUCUUGAGACUUUUUUGUGGGUCUACCAAUGUUCGACAUGACUACCAAAUGUCAUGUAGCUAAGUGUAAUUGGCUUUGUGGGCUGAAUUUCCUUUGAAUGUCCCCUGGAAAUAGCCAAAAUGACUCUGUAAUGGCCACUUCAAUUCAAAGCGUAAUGGCAGACUUCCCCUGUAUUUUCAGGCAUGGCUUCUUGAGACUUUUUUGUGGGACUACUCAUGAUCGGUAUGUUUACCAAGUUUCAUGUUGCUCGAUGAAACGGGCAUCGGGGGCUGAAUUUUCAAAUAUUUCUUUGCUGGUUGCAUCAUGUGUUCACAAAUUCAGGAAGACUUUUUAAUGGCUCCUAUUGGGGAAGAAAAAAAAAAAAAAAAAAAAAAAAAGUUUCCCAAGCCCUGAUUUCCUGUCAGUGUUUCUACCCAGUGAUGUUUUUUAAGAGAAAGUACAGUGCAAAAAAAAAAAAAAAAGGAAAGAAAUCUAGGCUGAAACAAUCAAGUAUUAAGAUUGAGUUUGUCUGGUGCGGUACUCCAGUGUAUAUACUGUAACAGUGUUUUUAUAUUCUCUUUUUUCAGGUGCUUACUCACAUACGUACUUUUGUCUUAAUGGACGCUGACGCUGGUCCAGCAGCACAUGAUUUUUUUUUUAAUGCUGUACAGUGAUGUGUUUAUUAAUUUUUUAUGAUUUUUGUCUUCUCCAAAGCUCUUAAAUUCCGCCGUCAAGUAUUGCAGCGACGUCGUCACCAGUGUUAGUCUUACUGUUGCCUUGCCUAUUCUAUUUUCUUUACAUUUUUAAUUUGUACACGCGUGCGCAAUAUCAAAAGUAGUUUAGCAUCAAAACAAUGAGGUACAUUUUUUGUUUGUUUGUUUUUUGGUACUUUUUUGUAGCAGGGCAUUGAUGUAUUGUUUUCUUUUUUAAUGAAUAAUGGGGGAAAAAAGAACUAUUUCCUUUCAAAGGAGGAAAUUGCAUUGAGGUAUGUGCCUUAUACGUUUCAGUAAAGAGAAGAAACACUGCCAAUCUUCCAUUGUGAAUAAUGAAGAAAAGAAAAUCAACAUGAGAAAAAAAAAGAACAUUUAUAUUAAAAAAAUGUCCAAUUAUGCGAAAAGCCCAGAUUUGUCAAUUGCAUUUGACUUUUUGAUUUGAUUUUGUUUUCACAUUUUUCUGUGCUUUUUUUUUUUUUUUUAAAUAUAAAUAUAUGAAUAUAUAAAAAGUGUCCAUACGUUACGCUUUGUGUAGGAAAAAAGGGGAACAUCGUGGGGGCCAAGCAGGGGCGUCCGGGCCCGGUGUUGGAGGGGGGUGGGGCCCCCCUCAUCGGCCCACCCAUCCGCCCAGCCAGCCAGAGGGGCCGCUCGACUCUUUUAUAACUUGACGCCAAAUGUUUGUAUGGUUUUAAUAAAAAUGGAAAUUAUAUUUGA